AUGCCGAUUAUAACGCUAUACCACAACCACAAGUUCACGAGUGACGACCAGGUCAAGACAUUCGUGUCCGAGCUGUCCAAGGCCUGUGCAAAGACGAUCGGCAAGGACGAAUCCCUGUUCAACAUCAACGUGAUCUACAAUCCAUACAUCAUCUUCGGGGGAAAGAUGGACGAGCCAGCGUACUUGAUGAACAUUCUGAGCAUUGGAAUCAAUAUCGUACCUCAUGCAGACACUCCUAGAUGGAGCGCUGAGUUUGGCAAGUUCAUCGAGGAGAAGCUCGGAAUUGGCAGCGACCGAGGCUACAUUUCUUUCAGAGACACAGGCGCUGAUUACAUCGGAUUCAGUGGAGAUACCGUCACGAAUCACGGGCUCAAGGCAUCCAAGUGA